CCAGGAGCUGGAACAGCAACAGGAGCAGGAGCUGAUACAGUUUCACCGCCGCAAACCUGCACAGGAGCUACUACAGACAGUCAACUCAACAGCCCACAGUUGCAGACAGAAGAUAAUGUCACUGUAGAACGAAACGUUGAAACCCUUAUGCCUAACUUCCUUCUCAUGAAGACCUGCCAAAAAAUGCACCAACAAUGACAAGUUGACUUUGGAAUAGUCUCCACUCACCACCCAGUGCUGUUUGAAAGCUGUCAGUAGGCCUUGUGUGGAUUUAUCAGCUACUGCCAGCAUAUUGUCCCUGUGGAUUAUCAUAGACUGGCCCCUUUUUUGGAUGCAAGUCUUGGACACAGUCACCACCAGUAUGGAAAAGAAACUACGAUGGAGUAUCUAACCUGGAGAGUAGUCUGACUCUGCUUUUCUAGCUCUUUCUCUCCCCUUUCUGUGUCUUUCUCCUGCAGUGUAUCAUUGGGCAAGUUACCCACUAAUGACAUGGAUGGGAGGACUGAUGGUUGGUUGCAAUCCACGGCUUGGAUGGUUAUGUUUUGGACAUCUUUCUCCCACCUGGCACGAUAAGAGUCUAAAAGAUGGGAAAGAGACAUUGCAACAAUUCCAUGUGUUGCUUUUUUCUGAAAUCAUGGAAAUAUUCAUCACCUGAUCCCACAACAUAAGUUGCUUUAAUUUGUCGUACUUAGAGAAUUUUUUUCUUCUUGCUUGAAUUUUUUUUUUCUCGAAAAGAUGUUUUCAUCUUUUUGCACAAACUGCUAAGUCCUCACGCGCUGUCCCACAGGCCCUAAAUAGGCCUGACAGGAGGGCCUAUUUAAGGGGCACAAGGGAGGCAUAUGAGAGCUUAAUAAGUCUGAAGCUUGGAUUUAAAAUCCUCCUGGACUAAGGGAAACAUAGUGUUUUGGUGGCAUGGCAGCAGAGCACGGCGAGCUGCUGGCUGAGAUGUCCACUAUUGGGCGCCUGAGUGCCACUGAACGCCUGAAGCAUGCCCAGAAGCGGCGGGCGCAGCAGCUGAAGGCUUGGGCACAGAUGGAGAAGGAUGCCGCACGAGGAGGAAAGGCCAAAGCAGAUAAGAAGAAGGGGCGCACCAAAAAAGUGACAUUCCCCAACACCGUCACCCUGCUAGAUGCAGCUGCACGCAAUGAUGUGGAUGAGGUGAGGGAGCUGCUAAACAAUGGUGUCAACCCAGAUCUGGUCAACGAGGAUGGACUGACAGCCCUCCAUCAGUGCUGCAUUGAUGACUUUGUGGAGAUAGUGCAGUGCCUGCUGGACGCUGGAGCUUGUGUGAACGCCUGUGAUAGUGAGCUGUGGACACCGCUGCACGCUGCUGCCACCUGUGGACACACCGGACUCGUGCAGCUCCUGAUUCAGGCUGGGGCUAACCUGCUGGCUGUCAAUGCGGAUGGCAACAUGCCCUAUGACCUCUGUGAGGACGAGGCCACCCUUGAACUGCUGGAGAUGGUUAUGGCUGAACAGGGGAUAACUCAGGACCGUAUAGAUGAAUGCCGAGGGGCUAAAGAGAUGGGCAUGCUGGCUGACAUCCAGGCUCUGGUUCAGAGUGGAGCGGACUUAAACGCUCAGGAUGAUAAUGGAGCAACACUGCUCCAUAUAGCGUCUGCUAAUGGCUACAUGUCUGUGGCAGAGCUGCUGCUAGAGCACAGGGCUAAGGUGGAGGUGAAGGAUUGUGAUGGCUGGACGCCGCUACAUGCUGCCUCCUGCUGGGGACAAAUCCAAAUGGUGGAACUGCUGGUGGCACACGGAGCCAGUCUAAACACAAAGUCUGUCCUGGAGGAGACACCUCUGGAUGUGUGUAUGGAUGAGGAGGUAAGAGCCAAACUGAUGGAGCUGAAGCACAAACACGAUGCCAUCAUGAAGAGCCAGGACCGGCAGAAGGGCACACUGCAAAGACGAGCCUCCAGUACUGGAAGCAGAGGUAAAGUGGUGCGUCGUGUCAGUGUGAACGAGCGCUCCAGUUUGUACCGGCGGGAGCACCACAAAGAGGCCAUGGUGUGGCAGGAGCGCGGCCGGCAGCCAGAGCCACAGGAUGAUGAUGAGGACAGACAAACAGACAAUGAGCUGAACCAGCAUGCCACCAUGGCUGCUGGAGCGUCGUCACGUUUAGAGGAAAUGGAGUCUGCAGACAGGAAAAUCGUGUCCAGCCUGGGGAAUGGAGGGAGCUCUGUUUCUCUGGCCUCCUCUGUGCCUGGAGAGCUGUGGAGCGGUGGAGGUCGCAUGGAGCGCAGCGCCUCCUACCAGCUCAGCUCUGCAUCCGGAGCGGGAUCAGCAUCUGGGUCUGCAGAGGGUGAAGGGUCAAACAGUAUGACUCGAGAGAAAUCGCACCACACGCUGGCUGACCUGAAACGCCAGCGGGCAGCUGCCAAGCUCAACAAGUACCCAGCACCUCCACCACCUUUGCCCUCUCCCUUAGAGGAGGAGCCUCCUGUUGCAGAAGCUGAGGUGAUGACUUCUCAGGCCCAGCAGGAGCUCCAAGGGACACCCAGCACAGAGCAGGUGGCCUCCCCCAGCCAGGUGUACUUCACCCCAGCCAGCGGAGAUCCUCCGCUACUGAAACUUCGAGCCCCUGAAGAGGACCAGUCAAACAACAAGGAGCCCUGCUGUGGACUCAUGUAGACAGCCUCACACACACGCGCACACACACAUUGCCUAUAGAGUACAGAAGCUGUGCAUGUUACACUCUGAAGUGGCAAAAACAUUUCAAAACAGACAUGCUUGAAAUUAAGAUUUUUGUUCCCAAGUUAAGGCCACAUGCCAAUGAGGGUUUGAUCUGCACUGCAUUUCAGAGAUAUUUGUGCUCCCCUUGUUUAUCUUUUUUUUUUUUUUUUAAGCAAUAUGAUUCAUGUUUUACACAAAAGUCCCAGCAUUCCCAGUUGCUCCCUCUUAAUUACAGGCUGCAUUAACUGAUGGACAUCAGGUGUCCAUCUAGUGACUGAGAGAAGAACUACAGGUUCCAGUGUCUGCUGUCUCUAUGCUCAUUAGUUCAUCCAUUACUUCACUAUACAAAUAGAUUGAUGUUUGAUUGAAAAGCCUUAGAAUCAUGUGAAAGUUGAAAUAUUUAUGUAAAGCUGAAUUAAAUGAAGUUGCAUCUCAAGAUUUAUUUUAAAUUAAGAAUGAGUGAAUGAGGUUUAAGUUCUGUUUUAUUUAGUGAAUGACUGAUUUGAAGGUACAUUAUCUAUUCUUGCAUAUAUUCACUUGCAUUUAUUAUAAGAAAAAGAUGUUUGGGAGAUUGCUUGGUCAUGAUAGUUUCAGUACAGCUACUCUGAAUUAACAUUUACACCAAGUAAACAAGGACUGUUUCCUUGCUUCUUCUUUUUUUGUUUUCUCUUGGACUGAAAAUACACUGAAUUGUUUUCUUUGGUCACUUUUACAGCGCACAAAAAGCCUACAUGUCAAUAUCUGAAAUGGUGCAAUUUGUAAAUUGAGUGUUUCUUUUGAAAACAGUGUCAGUUAAUUUAUAAUUAAAUCCACAGAUAAUUUACUCAGCCCAUCAUUAUCACUGCUAGAUUUCUAUUUUGCUGUCAAUAUUUCUAUUUUUCUACCCUCUGAAUACAAUCAUGUUAUUUAUUCUAUCUGAUUCUGAAUGUGGCUCAUGGUGUACAGUUCUUGUACCAUUUUUUUUUUUGAAAGAUAAAUAUAAUUCUAUGAAGAAUUUCAGUAGGUGUGAGGGCAAGAUAUUUUGAACUAUCAAAGAGAUUAUAUAAAGUUUUAUUGUCAAACUAGUUAACUUUUCAUAUGAUGAUUUAUCAGAGGUUGGUGCCUUUUAUUAGGUGGCAGAUUUAAUUUAGGUUUGCAAUGCUUGCACAAAGUCCCAUGUGUAAAUUUGGUGAGCUGUGGGAUAAAAUGAUCAGAUGUGGACUCCAGCUGUCAAUGCACUCCAUUUUCUUUAUUGCAUUUCAGUUUUGUUAGUGAUUUUUACUGUGCCCUGUUUAGACAAGACAAAAAAAAGCUUUGUUUUCAGAAAUGAUUUUUGUAUUUUUUUUUUUUUUUUUUUAUGCAAGUGGUCUUAUUUAAUGGAUGUGGAAAUUGUGACUGGUUAUGUCUGAUUAUUUUUUUUGAAGGAUGGAAUCAGAUAAACGUGUUUGAAAUGAA